AUGGACACGGCCGGCUCUGAUGCACGCAGCGCCGGCCAUUCGCUGCCUUCUUCUCGCGGCAUACCAGCCAACUCGGCACCCCAGGGCCGCCAGAUAUCGCACCACGGUGCGCCCUCUCAGUUUGGUGCGAAACCCUCAUUGCUGUCGACGCCUGCCAACAGCAUACCGGCACAUCAGCAGCAACAGUCGCCGCAGCAGAUGCACGCAUCGCAUCCUACUCUAAGACCGGGUCGUGAUGGCAGCCCUGCUCAGACGGGGAGGCAGAAGUCCCCGGAAACCAUGCAGGCCGAUGCCAUCCGGAAUUCGCACUACUACAUGACGUUAUCUAUUGCCCUCAAGCAGACGCCUGCGCCCAUAGUCCAGCAGGCCAUACGCGACUACUGGGCCCAUUGCUUCGUAGGCUCUGACCAGCAUACUGCUUUCAUCCUCAACGGAAUGAUUCAACAAGCGAGCCCGGCCGUUCUGCAGAAGUGUGUGCUGGAAAGUGGUGCCAAGAUGUCCUGUAUUGCCAACCACCUGCUCGGAUUCUUCAGUACCGAAGGUCUCGACCAAGUGACAGAUCUCAUCUUGUCCAAGGCCAGCAGCCAGUUCCUCGACAAGGCUAUGGAGGCCCGCCUGAAAUCGAUAGAUGCCCGCAGCCUGGUCAACGCUCUGGCCAGGGCCGAGCGCCUUGGCUACGAUGAAAACGACGUCGUCAGGGAGCGUGCACCCGGUCAACCUGAGAAUGUCAUACCCGCUGCGCACAACUUUUCGGCACCGCUGAGCCUGUUGCAGGGAGCAAACUCGCAGCCGAGCGUGCCGUCGAAUGUCCCAGCUCAGGUCGUUAUUCCGUCGCAACAGGGCGGGUCUUUCGAGCGCCCUGUAUCGGCGGGGUCGCGAGGCAUCUGCUACUGCCCCCGUUGCCAGAGACCCUGCAGUUCAGAAUCGGCCCUUCAAUAUCACCUGAAGAAGAACGCCUGCGAAGCCUACUUCCCUCCCAACCGGAUGUUCCCGGUUGAGAAGCUCACGUGUGCACACUGCGGGUGCAGAUUUACGACGGAGAAUGGUGUGAACUACCACAGCAAGUGUGAGGUCUGCGGAGAAUUCCCUGCACACAUGUUGCCGUUGAUCUUGAAGGAGCUCGAGGCACGCAACAGCGGCGACGGCAACAGCGGCACGCGGGGCAUCGAGGCAGGCGGUCACCAGCGGCUUCAGCGGCAUCGGCAGCAACAGUCGCCGAGUUCGGCACCGGCUCAGUCGGCAGAAGAGAGGCGGGCGCCGACGGAAGACAAGGCACACAGACACAUGUCACUGCAGAUGUGGCAGCAGUACCAGAAGGAGCGGAGCCAUGUCGAGGUGAAGUACGGGCGGCUGAUGCAGCAGGCACUGAAGCUGCCCGAGAGGCAACGGGUGGACCAGUUUGUCAGGCUAAGGAAUCGGUACAACACGAAGCAGAGCACGACCCGCAAGAAGUUUGGCAUCCGGCUGCGCGAGCGACGCACCAGGGAGGACAUCGAUGCGGAGCGGAGGCGGCUGCUCGGCACCAGCGAUGGGCCCGAGAUCUGGCUCCAGCUGGAGGCGCUGAUCCGAAAGGUGCAGGCCGGGGACCCAACGGUGGGGACGGGUGCGGAAACGCCAGUAGGGCAGGCGGCAAGUCAGAACGGCACGCGGUCGGGUGGUGGCCAUGGUGACCAGGCGUCGAAGCCAAGCCAGGCCCAGGAUCGUGACAGCCCGUCCCCGGAUGGCCUCAUCCGAAGCGACCUGACGGGUGGGCUGCCGGCGUCGGCAGGGUCGAUCGAGACGACGGACCCCACGACGGACCCCACGACGGCCACCACGACGGCCACAAAGCAAGGGUUCAGGCCACCUCGGAUGCAUGAAGACUUCCGGUCAAACGCAGCAUCCCCCCCGCAGCAGCGACGGUCGCAGCAGGCGAGACCCGCCCACCAGGACGUCACGAUGAUCGACAGCGACGACGAUGACGACGAUGACGGUAGCAGCAGCUCAAGCGAUGACGACAGCAGUGAUGGAGACGAAGAUGUUCCAUCACGCCGAUGA